CCCUGCCGGAGAUGCAGCCGUAGAAGAAGUCAGAGCGGAAACUAAACAGAAGCCUCGCGCGGCAGGAGAAGCCUUUGAUCUGUAAACAACAACAACAACAACGAUCAGCUGCAGGCUCAUGGACUCUACACCUGAAACUCCCACCUGGUUACCGAUGGUUACAACAUGGAGCACUCUGAUUGGACGGAUAACUCACUGACUGCGCUUCCUCCAGAUCAGGAUGUCAGAUGACCAGAGGAAGGAGUCUCCCAUCAGGACGUGGGUGGAGUCUGAGCCGGGUCCGUCCAGGUGUCAGCCCAGCAGACAGGGUUACUGUGGGUACUGCAGAGUCCUCUAUAGCAAUCUGGACCAGCACCUGUCCAGCCUUAAACACCUGGACUCUGUCCGGGCGUCCUCCCGAGGCUCAAGCACCGCCUCCUCCUCUGCCAGCAGCAGAACCAAACUAACCCUGCUGGAGCGCUUCCUGCAGGAUGUCCUGCAGCACCACCCGCACCACUACAAAGACCCCAGGCCAUCUCAUGCCGACCUCCCGUCAGUCUCCACCCCUCCGUUGCCAAGGGAAGAGCUUGAUGAACUCCGUUUCUCUGACGACGACAGCCGGUCGCUGGGCACGCGUGCACACCUGCCGAGCUCUGACGACGCUUCGAUGCAAUGUCAGCCGACCAAUCAGCAGGAAGAUGACACAAUCUCUCACAAGAGAGAGUCUGCACCAAUCAGAGAACAGGAGGAAGGAGGAUCCGCCCCCGCAGAGUGCACGCACGUACAGACCCCGCCCCCACACAUACAGACCCCGCCCCCUGUCCACAGGAAGGCCCACAGGAAGACCAACCGGAGGAAAACCAGUGGCUCCUCCUCGCCACCCCGUAGGGCUCCAAACUCCGCCCCCUCCCCGGGCCCCGCCCCCGGUCCCAGCCCUGUCCUGAGGCCCGGGCCGGACCCCACCCCCAGUCCACCAGUUUUGGAGGCGAGGCCUUGGCUGAGCUGGCAGAGAGAGAGGAGGGCGGCACACAGAGAAGAGGUGUUCUCAUCAGAUCACAGCGACCCGAUGGACCAGACCAUCGAGGAGGUGAUCCAGGCGUGCUGCUAUGGCGUCAGCUCCACUACCUGCCAGCAGGAGGAGACAGAGAGCUUCCACUUCAGCCUUCCUGUCUCCAUGGAAACACACAGUGAGGACUGGGACUCACCUGUACAGGUGCCCUCGUACACAGCUGUGCAGGUGAGCCAGGUGGACAAGCAGGACCUCAGCCGUCUGAUGGACAUUCAGGUGGACCUGGCAGACCAAGUGUACUCGUACCAGCUUGACUCCGCCCUCCAUAACAAGCGGCGAGCAGUGGGCAGGGCCGGACGGGACGAGGGCUUCCUGACUCUGCCAAUAGAUGAGGUGCUGCCGGCGCCGGCACAUAUCCCAGAAUCCUUCAGGGGGAAGACCUGGGCCCAGAUCGAACAUGAGGACGAGGAGAAGGUGGACAGACUCGUCCAACAGUUCAGACGGGACAGGUUCAUCUGCUACUUCGACACAGAGUCUCUGGCUAGGUACGGUAGGAGGAGCCAAAACAGGAAGAGACGUGGUGAUAUCAAGGGGGUGGAGCCUGACACAGGUGUCCUGCCCUUAUUGGACUGUGAUGAAGAUGACUCUGUGUUUGUACAGAGGAGGACAGGGAGAAAGGGGCGGGCCUUCAGGGUGGCAUCCAGGUGUCAGGUAGUCAAAGUCAGCCACAGCACACAGACCGUCCGAUUGGUUGUCCCAGCUGUCCGUCAAUCGGCUUCAGAAGCCCCUCCCUCCAGUGUCCCUGCAGCCAAUCAGGAUGCAACAGAGCGGACUCCUGAUGUUCAGAUGUGGCGCUGCCUCCCGGCGUCGUACUCAAACAUCGUCACACCUCUGCAGCCUCGCACCUCUCUCGUCUACCUGCUCUGUUCCCCCUCAGGCCCCGCCCCCUCUAACACACCUGCUCCCAAACGCUGCAGGAAGAAGCGGCGUCCACUGGACCUGCAGAGUUUAAAGGUCAAAUACAAACAACUUCCUGUCAGGUUCUACGACCCCACCAGCAACCGCAUCCUGAAGAACCCCCCCAAAGGCUUCCUGUGGCGCAGAGGCUCCACCCCCUCAAGCCUGCCGCCGCCCUGCGUCCGUCAGCUGUUCAGAAGUCUGAGUCCAGACCUGAAUACUGACAGGGCGGCAGGCUCCUCCAGGGUUAAAGGUCAGAGGUCAUCAGACACUGCCUUCAGCCAUGGCAACAGUUUCCUUCUGAGCACGCUCAGUAGAGACUCAGCUCAGACUGACAAACAGGACACAGUCAGGAGGCGGCGCAGGACGACUCAAGCCCCGCCUUCACCUCGCAGCAGAUCUGAGCGAGGGAGGGGGCGGAGAUCUGAGAGGACACGCCCCCUCACGAGGAAAACAAGAGCUCAGGCCACGCCCCCUCCGCCCAGAAGAGAAGGCCUGCGUCGGGCAGGACCCGGCAGGAAAGUCCCCGGCUCCACGGGCCCGGCCCAUCCUCCAUCACCACGCCGCGGCAGGCUCGGGAGGGGGCGGGGCCAUGAGAGGAGUCGAAGGUAGCAGGACACCUGUUCAGGUAACAGGAUACCUGUUCAGGUAACAAGACACCUGUUCAGGUGUCGUAACAUAAAAAGGUGCCUUCACAGACGUCAGGACGUUUGAUGUUAAUUUAAAAAUUAAAUGAAAUAAAAAGAAUCAUGAAUAAUUA